AUGAAGGGCGACUACAAGAAGAACUACGCCUUCGAGGAGCGCAAGAAGAAGCACCAGCUCAUCUCCCUCCAGAAGAAGUGCGCCUCCAUCGUCGUCGAAAAGGAGUCUGGCAGCAAGCUCCCCGUCCUCAAGGUGGCCCGCCUCGCCGUCCCCCGCGAGUGGGUCGCCAACCAGCUGCUCAUCUUCAUCCGGCAGAAGCUGAACCUGCGCCAGGAGGACGGACUCUACCUGUACGUGCAGACGAAGAGCAUCCGACAGAUGGAGGAGAAGCACCGAGACGAGGACGGGGCCCUCUACCUCACCUUCAACGAAAUGGAGACCUUCGGGUGA